GGAGAGUCGGAGUCGUGUCGUGGUCUCCGACUUUUUGCCGACUCCGAUUGCAAAAUUGUGUGCAUGUUGUAACUCAAACCCCCAGACUCUUUUCACUCCAUACUCAUCGUCAUUCGACUUAUGCACCGGGCUCUGCAUAUCUGUGAAAUUCUUUUGGAGAUAUUUGCGUAUGUGAAUACAGUCCGCAACCGGACGUUCUAUCACCGGCCUGCAUUUGUGCGGAAAUCCCUUGCAGCACUUGCAGUGACAUGCAAAACAUUUUACGAGCCUGCAAUGAAUGAACUUUGGGCUGUCAUGUUUGGGUUGACGCCACUGCUAGGCUGUGUAACGAGGCUACAUCCAAUCAUAUAUUGUAGCGACCGAGAGUUCUCCUUGUUUACUCAUCCAAGCUUUCAAGACAUCAAACCAUUAUCGGAGAAUGAAGGUCGUCAGUUUCUGCGUCACGCAGCCCGUGUGCGCUCCAUACAUGUAUUGGCAAGAGACGACUGCUAUCACCUUCUUUCCGUCCUCAAGUGCAGGGUGCCAUGCAUGUUUCCGAGACUGCUGUCGUUAAGGAAUCCAUGUCCGGAAACCCGCUCUGAUAUCUUCCUUUCCCCCACGCUGCGUCAUUGUGACCUGUGGGUCGCUUAUGGGGAUUUGAAAGUUAUCGCGACCCAUUGUGCUGCUUUGGAGCACAUAUCCCUCGCGAACACUGAAUGGAAUAUAGAAAAUGAGCCGUCCCUGCUGUCCGACUGCGUUCGUUUGUGCAAGCGGCUUGUAACUCUAUCUUGUUCACCACUCGACUUGGCUGCGUGGAAACAUCUUUCCAAUCUCCCUACCCUUAUCGAAGUCGAGAUUGAUAGAAGGAAGAUAGACCCUUCCUCAUUGGACCUCGAAAAUAAUUUCGAUUUUGGUCCUUUCCUCAACCUCACAGCUCUUUCUUUCAACGUAAAUACGGCUGCAUACAUCACAGGACUCAUGCAAUACUCAGACUUUCCUUCCCUGAAACAGUUCAAGAUCAGGGUCAAUAGGUUGUCUUGGGCAGAGGCUGAACGGCUCGUUCAUGUGCUGUCCAAGUGCAAAGCACGUCACACCCUUGAACAAAUUGAGAUGGAGGGCCGCGCUUCAGACGUCCAGGAUCCCCCUCGCAGCUCUAUCAUACACUUCUGUUGUUUUACACAGCUCCGAAUCCUCUCGCUCAAUUUUCCCCGUUGCUGCAUCCACCUUGACAACGACCUUCUUUUGGAAUGCAUGUCCAGUUGGCCACAUCUCCGAGUUCUGAAUUUACAAGAUUCUAAUCAGGAUCAAAGUACCAUUACAUUCCGCGGAUUAUUUGCAGCGCUCCAUCAAUGCCCCCACUUGCACACGCUUGAUUUAUUGAUAGACGCUGUGAAUAUCGAUAUCAAUCCUACAGGGGAGUCGUUUCGACAUCUGUCCCUACAACGAUGGGACGUGCUAUCUGGUCAGGUAAUGGAUCCAAAAGCUGUCGCUCAUAUCAUAUUCUCUAUGCUCCCUUGCGUCGAGAUCUUUUACAAGACUCACAGCUUCAUGUCAAUGAGCAGUAGCCCUCCGUAUGCGUGGCCCGAUGUCCAACGUCGUCUGUGGUCCCUACAUGAAGCUGCGGGGACCUGAGCUCAAGAUACACACGUUUGCGUGAUAUCUGGAAUAUGGGAAGUGGGGAUAGGUUAAGGGAGAUCUUACCCGCUUGUUAUUGUU